CGGCGGGGAAGACUAAAACCCUCCUCCUCCUUCUUCCCGGCAUUUCGCCAUUGCUUCUGCGCCUGUAUUCCUAGCUUCUGCUGACAAUGAAUUCAGUGGUAUUGAGACUUGCAAAGCAUCUGAGAGGCUCUGCUUCGACGGCCUCUUCUUAUGCUGUGGCUAUGCAGAGAAGUGGUAGGUUAUGGUACUCAACAUCUGAAAGUGAUAGUGAUGAACGUUUAGAUGAUAAUGAUAAUCCAAAGAACAAUGCUUUUGAUGAAGAAGUUGAUGAUUUUCUUGGCAAUCAGCGUGAUUUGCAGCUACAGGGAGUAGAUCCAAAGAGGGGUUGGAACUUCCGAGGUGUGCACAAGGCGAUUAUUUGUGGAAAAGUUGGCCAGUCUCCUGUUCAAAAAAUACUGAGGAAUGGGAAGAAUGUCACAAUCUUUACAGUUGGGACAGGGGGGAUGUUUGACCAGAGAACUGUGGGAGCAAAGGAUUUGCCAAGACCUGCUCAGUGGCAUCGGAUUGCUGUGCAUAAUGAUCCUCUGGGGGCUUAUGCAGUACAACAACUUGUUAAAAACUCCUCAGUUUAUGUUGAGGGCGACAUUGAGACAAGAAUUUACAAUGACAGCAUCAACGGUGAAAUUAAAAGCAUUCCAGAGAUAUGUGUUCGGCAUGAUGGGAAAGUUCGGCUAAUAAGGAGCGGGGAAAGCUUGAGCAAAAUUUCAUUGGAUGAUCUAGCCAGUUCCCUUUAACCAUAGCUGUAAGUGGUGGUAUGGUUUAAUUAAUUGUUUUCAGCAUCCUCUUUACCCUGCGGGAAUUCCUUUGGGAUGCUUUUUAGAUACCGUUCACCAGUGUGCUUGUGACAAAAGGGUCGUGUUAGAAGAAAUGCGGAAGAAUGACUAGCAGAAGCGGCAGUCGCCCCGACUAUCUAUCUAAUUGUUAUUCCUCGUAUAUCCUCUGGCCCCUUGUAGGUUCGAUUUGUAUCGUUCCCCAUUAUCAGGCGGGUCAGAGUUGUAAAAGUACAUAACCGAUUGCCGGUGGUGAAAUUUGGAUAUGAUGCUAAUGGAUAUGCGUAGAGGGAGUUACAUCAAUUCUUGAUCGUAUUACCUUUCAUUAUCCGAUGCAUUUUUGCAGAAGUCAAAUUAGUCUACUGAAAGUACCCAUUUAACGGAGCAAUGUAUUCUGGUUGAUUGUUAUUACCGUAUAAUAUUAAAUAUGAAAUUUAUUUCAAAUUGUGUUGUCUUAUUCAAAAUUUGUAGGGCAACUUAAAAAUUUACCCAUAAAAUAUAAAAUUUAUAGUAUAUCAUUUAUCA